AUGUUGAAAUCUAUCAUUUUACUUUCCACCUUGGCUUUGAGCGCGGUUGUCAAUGCUCAAGUGCAAUCCCCCAACUAUCAGUACAAUGUUACCUCUCCAAGCCCUAAUUCCCCUUAUGUUGCCAGUCAAAUCCUUCCAUGUAUCUAUGAUAUUGCAGACAACACAACAGCUGAUAAUCUCCAGCUCUCCAUCUCCUUGGUCGGCACAAACAGCUCUGUUCAAUUGACUCCUUCUGCUGAUAUCUCGCAAGGUUUCAGUUACCAAAAGCAAAUUGGAGGUGCUACAGUGUAUGAGCAUCAAUUUAAUUACAAUAUUCCCGCCAACACAACAGCUGGUGCUUAUCAAGUUGUCUUUCUUGAUAAUGUCUCUCAAACAAAUGUCAGCAUUCCCAUUACAAUUUCUGCUGCACCUGUAACUCCUACCUCAUCAGCUGCUGCUCCUUCUGGUUCAACUGGUACAACCGCAGCUACCACUUCUGUACCAGCCAGUAUCUUUAACAAGAAUAGCUCUGCCGCUAACGCUGGUGUUCAAAUCUCCAAGUUCCUCCUCGUGUCUUCUCUUUUAGUUGUUGCCUAUGUGCAAUUGUAA